UUUGGCGGAGCAGCCUAUGAUUAUGGACAACCCAGACAAGAUCAGUCACAACGAAGGCGAUGUCGCUGUUCUCUAUUGCUCUGUGCUAAACCUCGGAGAGAGUACAGUAACCUGGCGAAAGAUGCCCAGCUCCGCUCCCUUGACGAUAGGCACCAAAUCCUGGGUCCGAGACACGAGGGUGCAAGCCGAGCACGUACCAUAUAGUUCCCACUGGAAUCUGGUCAUUGAGCAUGUUCGUGCCCAGGACGCGGGCGAGUACGAGUGUCAGGUCAACAGGAGAAAGCCACAACUGAGACAUAAAGUUACUCUUCUGGUCAAAGAGAAAAAUAAUACACCAUUGCCACGCAUUGAGAUCAGCGGUCAGAACGUGGUUCGGCUGGGACAUGUACUUCAACUGACAUGUGACGCCAUUCUAGUGGACAUGUCUGUGGAUACCGUCACGUGGACUAAAGAUGGAGUAUCCCUUCCUAGAAGUCAGGAUGACAGGUGUCGAGUGCACACCUCCCUCACGAUGAAUGGGCAGAACGUGGCAAUUGUGGUCAGCAAACUGGAGAUCAGGGACACCCGACACGAUGAUGCGGGUGUUUAUGUUUGUCGCACAUCGGAGAAGGUUCAGAUGGCAGGGGUUAAAGUAGACGUUCAAGGUCCGUCCUGUGUUGAUUGUCUUAUUUUCCAUGAUGCAUUGUUGAGCACUCUAAGGUGUGUUUUUAAUGUUUUUUACUUGUAUGGUUGUGUUCUCAGAAAUGACUUAUCCCGGGAACCUGAUGUUUUGCAUUGGCUAAUAUUGAAGCACAUUUUUUUUUUUUUUUUACAUAAAUAA